AGAAACCUCGAAGCUGUUCAAGAGAAAAGCCAUGGUAAUGUUUGCGUCGAUCUUUCCUUUUCUCUAGGCUGUUUCCCUAAGAAAAGAUGGCAGAUCCGUGGCAAGAGUGUAUGGAUUAUGCAGUGGGUUUGGCGAGGAGAGCUGGGGAGAUAAUCCGUGGAGCACUCAAAGAAGAAAUAUCUGUAAUGACUAAAAGUUCACCAGUAGAUCUAGUGACAGAGACUGAUCAAAAAGUAGAAAACUUCAUUAUUUCUUCAAUAAAAGAAAAGUAUUCUUCUCACAGCUUUAUUGGAGAAGAGUCUGUUGCAGCUGGAGCGGGCAGCAUUUUAACAGACAACCCCACAUGGAUUAUAGACCCUAUUGAUGGAACCACCAACUUCGUGCACAGGUUUCCAUUUGUGGCAGUUUCAAUUGGCUUUGUUGUAAACAAAAAGAUAGAGUUUGGAAUUGUGUAUAGUUGCAUAGAAGACAAGAUGUAUACUGCCAGAAAAGGAAAAGGUGCAUUUUGCAAUGGCCAGAAACUGCAAGUAUCAGGCCAAGAAGACAUCACAAAAUCUCUUUUAGUAACAGAAUUGGGGUCAAAUCGUGAUCCAGAGGCUAUAAAAAUAAUUCUUUCUAACAUGGAAAGACUUCUCAGUAUUCCUAUUCAUGGGAUUAGAGCAGUUGGUACAGCAGCUGUGAACAUGUGCCUUGUGGCAACAGGAGGAGCUGAUGCCUAUUAUGAAAUGGGAAUUCACUGCUGGGAUAUGGCAGGAGCUGGAAUCAUUAUUACUGAAGCUGGUGGAGUCCUGCUAGAUGUAACAGGUGGACCAUUUGAUUUGAUGUCUCGAAGAAUAAUUGCAGCAAGUAGCCGAGCUAUAGGAGAGAGAAUAGCCAAAGCACUUCAAGUAAUUCCUCUGAGAAGAGAUGAUGCAACUAACUGAAUACCAAAGCUACACCUUAAAUGUCAUUAUCUAACAUUGUCUCAUACUCCCAUAGUGGUUGUUCUACACCUUGAGUAGAUGGUAGUCAUUUGGUACUGAUGUGACUGCUAAGUAGUGCUUUGAGAUUGGAACAACAUUCUAAGUAGGCUUUAACUGUUGAGUAUUUCAUUUAGCAUCACAACUAGAUAAAAAUAUAGAAAAAGAAGCAGAUAUAUGCAACUAGUAUUUUCAAGUUUUAUACUACACUGGAAUGCACAGCAAGGCACUCUUUGAUGUAUAGAUAAACAAAGUUCUCUAGUUCUAUAAGUGACAAACAAAAAUCACUGUCCUAACACCACAUGAUCACAUCUGAUCCCGAACCCAAAAAGAUGAAGGCAUUACUGUUCAUCCAGUCUUUAUCUGGUAUCUAUUUCCUUACCUUGUUGCAGUUUUUUUAGAGCUGGUUGACACAUUUCCAGACUUGUUAGUUGUCUGCACUUUUGGCUCCAAUUUAGAGCCCUUAUUACUUA